ACCUGGACUCAGAGAGAGGAAGCAGUAUGACGAUGGCGGAGGCGGCGGCUCCAGAUCUGUUCUCGGAGCAGGAGUUGACCUGCUCCAUCUGUCUGGACCUGUUCAGUGAACCGGUCUCAACUCCCUGUGGACACAACUUCUGCCAGGCGUGUAUUGGAGGUUACUGGGCGUCCAGUCCGGUCUGUACCUGUCCUCUGUGUAAGCGUCAGUUUGAUGAACGUCCUCAGCUCAGCGUCAACAAAGUCUUCGCUCUCAUCGCAGAUAAAUACAAACUGGCUCGUUAUGGAGCCGCAGGGUUACCGAUGCCGGUCAGGAACGGGACGCCAGCGACGCUGGGCGCCAUGACCACCAUCACAAACACCGACAGCACCAAUCCGUUUGUGACGGCGGCGGCAUCAGGUGAAGAGGUGGUGUGGUGUGACGUCUGUUCAGGUGUGAAACAGCCUGCUGUCAGCUCCUGUCUCACCUGCACAGCCUCAUACUGCACUGAGCAUGUGCAGCCACACCAGACCACGCCCUUCUACUCCAAACACCCACUGAUGGACCCCCAGGAGGCCCUCCGGGGCCGCACCUGCUCCAUACACCGCCGUCUGCUCGAGGUGUACUGUCGGACAUGUCAGCGUUGUAUCUGUGCCAUUUGUGUCCUGGAGGAACAUCGAACACAUAAAACUGUCUCUGUCCAGACAGAGAGAGUCAGCAAACAGAAACAGGUAGCAAGGACGGAGCAGGAGAUCCUGAACCAGAUCAGAGAGAAAGAGAGUCAUGUGACCGAGCUGAAGAGGAAACUGGAGGGAGUCAAGAACUACGCAGACAGAGAGCGAGGUGAGGUUGAACACCUGCUGGACGAGGUGUCCAGUUCCCUGGACCGGAUCCGGACUGAGGUGGUGGGCAGGAUCCAGAACCAGCUGGAUGCCGUGAUGUCAAAGGGGGAGGGGCUGGUGAGCCGUUUAGAGGCGGAGCUGAGUGAGCUGACGGACAGGAGGGCCAUGCUGGAGGUCCAGGCCAUCAGUCAGGAUCACAUCGGCUUCCUGCAGAGUUUCGAGGAGGUCGCAGCUCCUCUGGCUGAAGACCAGCUGAACGAGGUGGACGAGGACUCCGAGUUAUCCCUCCACUUCCAGCUGGGGGAGGUGAAGAGCUCUCUGGCCGAGGUGAAGGACAAGAUGGACGACAUCAGAAUGGGGGAGGUUCGGUCCAGAGGAUCCAGAGGCUCCUUUUCCUCCGGGGACCUGAUGGCGGCUGAGAGCAUGCUCAGUCUGAGAGGAAGCAGCGCCAACCUGAGGAAGAGUCACUGGUCUCUGAGAGAUCUGAAGAAGAUCAAACCAGUCUCAGGACAUAAAAAAGCUCGAGUCUACAUGGAGGAUGUGACGUUGAACCCGGUGACAGCGUAUCCCUUCCUCAUCCUGUCGGAGGACAGGAAGCAGGUGAAGAGGGGAGAGAAGCUGCAGUUCUACAGAAACAGUUCACACAGGUUCGAUGUCUGGUCCUGUGUCAGCGCUAAAGAGGGAUUCAGCUCCGGACGCCAUUACUGGGAGGUGUGUGUUGGUGAGAGUAAGGACUGGAAAGUGGGCGUGGUCAGUGAGUCGGCUCAGAGGAAAGGUCUGUUCGACAUGAGUCCAGCUAACGGAUACUACGUCCUCUGGUGGAGCGGCAGCCAGCUGAGGGCGCUCACUGCCCCACCCCUCACCAAGGUGAAGUGUCCUCAGAAGCUGCGUCAGGUGGGCGUCUUCCUGGACGUGGACGAGGGUCAGGUGUCCUUCUAUAACGUGAAGUCGGGCUCAGAGAUCUACAGCUUCACCGGAUCGGAGUUCACUGAGAGGAUGUUUCCUCUGCUGGGAACCGGAGACAAAGAUGUCCCCCUGGUCCUCAUGACCACACAGCACCACCUGGCCUGAGGGACCAGGGACCAGAGACCAGACAACGACAAGAGCAUCACACCUGAGAGAGGAAGAUUGGAUGAGCAGGAAAUAAUUGAUGAAGGAGAGAGACAGAGGGGGACAGAGGGGGACACGGGGACAUGGAGGUGGACAGUUAAAGUCAGAAACUGUGUCUCUGUUUUUUUUUCCAUGUGACAGAAAUAGAAACAUUCAGCAGUGAACCAUUAGAAAAAUAAAACUAUUAUUCUCAUUACCAAUUAAUUUGUUAAUCAAUUAACUGACAAAUAAAUCAAAAUUAUGGCUGUUUAAUUAAGUGGUAUUUUAUUGUGAAAUAUUAUGAUAUAAUGUCAAACUUGAGAUGAAAAAUUGUGAAAUAAUAUAAUAAAAACAAUGAGAAUUAAUUCUGACAUCACGAGUUAACAUUGGGACACUUCAGUAAAACAUUUGAUAUAACACUGAGAUAUUAAAAUAAUAAUUAAGAAAUAGUCAAAAUUAUAUUUUCAGUUAAGAAUCAAAGGAUGUUCAGUCAAAUGAUUCUGAUACUAUGUUGAAUUUAUGAGACGCAAAGAUAAAACUCAUUUGUCAAUUGUCAUUAAAGGAGCUACAUGUAAGUUUUGCUAUUGCUACAUAGCUAAUGUUAGCAUUAGCAGCUGCCUAGUAAAAAACAUUGUAAGUUCAGUAUCAAACUUCAUUCUUUUACUCACCAACAUCUGUCUCCAGAUGUGGAAACU